CAAAAACCAAGCAAAAAAGGCAAUGGCGGCCACCCGUUGGAUAGUCAGCGAGCUCGGCUCCACGAAAAAUCUUGAAAAGAUGUGAUCUACGUGUCGCGAUCGACGAGCGUAAAUUCGAGGUGUGUGGCCUGAAGGCAAGGGAGUACUAUUAUCUAGAGAUAGAAAUGGCACACAGUAUGUGCAGAGGAUGGAUGGUAGACAGGUGGACUUGUCAUCGAAUCUAUUAGACAACGAAUGUUGGCCACUGGCAAGUCAAUCGGAAAGAUACGACAGGCAGGAAGGAGUAAAUGAGCGAGCGCACCUAAGUAAUGAGCGAAACUCGGCAUUAUCCUAUUCGCUCGGUCUCGGACUUAUACGCAGCCGAGGAAAUAGAAGUGCUUCUCCUAGAAGAGAUACGCGAUCUGGAACCACCACCUGCUGUAUAUUCUAAACCCGAAGACAUUCAAGACUUCGAAAUUGCAGGCAGUAGGACAGGGGGGCGAAUCAGCUCCCAAUCAUCAGAGCUGGAUUCGCCAGGGGUACAUUCAACAGUCCAUUCUUGGGAUUCGCAUGCUAACUAUCACGGUCACUAUGGUAAUAGUGAUCAUAGACCUGGCUCUUCAUCGAAUGCCAUGCCUUGGUCACGUGCAAGUCAUGUGGUUAUUUAUUGCGAUAUACAGGGACAUCUUAAAACACCUACGGGUGUUGUUAGACUUUUAUUACUUAUAUCUUCUGCAGCUUGUUUGGCAACUUUAUGCAGUUCUGGCACUGCCAAGGUCAGCAUUUUUAUGCUGCCUUUAGCAGAUCGUUUACGAUUCAUGAUCUUUGUAGCUGUUUUCUGUUUCUUGGUCACUGCAGCCCUUCUCUUCCUUGAUAUUUCGCAUGUCAUUUACAUCCUUCCUUUAAAUUGGACUAAAGUGAAUGCUAUAGUAUUCACUGGCAUAGGCUUGUCAUAUGCCGCAAGUAGUGCAUUAUUAGCAUGUACAGUAUGGGAAUACCACAGUGGUGGCUGGGUAGCAAGACGCACACGUUCCCAACUGACUGCUGCGGCAGUAGUGGGACUUUUCUGUGCUUUCUUAGCAUUUUUACUAUCUUGGAUACAUUGUCGUAGUGGAUCAAGUUGUAAAGGUCAAGAUUCUCGUAGUCAUACUCCAACGCAACUUUAUAAACCUGUUGAUAAUUCUUCUUCCUCUGGGGUCACUUUGAAGGAACGUAGUCCUAAGAGACCUGCAUCGUGGGCCGUGAAAAAUCAGCAAUCGAAGAAACGCAAUGCAGACAGUGACACGAACACUAGUAACGGUGGCCAUCGCGGUAGCGAGAAAUUCAAGCAAGGCGCCAACAGAAAGGACCACUGGGCUUCGGCCAAGCAACAUAUUUUAGAAAAUACGAAUAAUGAGGAUGCUCAGCGGGAGGAUGCCGAGAUCGAGAGGAGACGAAGAAGACGAAGGAAAGAAGGUGACAGCAGUUCGACUGGUGAUGGAACUGCGCCAAGUAGUAGUAAAGUUGAUACUAGUCGUGUUAUCGCGGAAGAAGCGAAGACUAGGAAAGUACCGCGAAAGUUGCCUCUACAGUCAACAGUGGAGCAAUCUCGUUCGUGGUCCGACGCCGAACGUAGGAAUAGUGGCACUACGCAAAUUAAAAGUAAAACUAGGCGAAUGCCAGUGAGUAAUGACGCACAGAAUUGUUGUGAAAUGAAUGAAGCUAGAUCGAUCAAUCAAGUGACUCGAAAUGGUCUCCGAAAUUGGGAGGCAGAGUGUGCAUCUAGUAACGGUAUAGAAGAAGCUACCGAUACAAAUAUGGUUGUUCGUAACGCCAUGUGGUCCGAACAAUGGCGCCCACCACCAGAUGAUGUUCAACCUUGCUCUAGCAAAACUAUCGAUCCUUACAGCUUUGCCUGAUCGUCUUGUGAAAUACGAAGCACACACUUUAGGACGUGAUUGUGUCCAAAGUUUUAAGAUCUUGUAUAAAAAUUAUUGCUGCCUUGUACAUUUUGCUGCCAAGAAAAUAGGUUCUUUUUAGUUGUU